AGAGUUGAAAAACCUUGGCUCGACGAUAAACGCUGGCAUUGGCCCAGAUACAUCAACAAUGCUAUCAUGAUCACAGGCUUUCUAAUCAGCCUAGCCCUCUCUUGUUGGCUAAUUGUGGACGGCUACCGGUCCUCGCUUCCUGCAGGAAAGUACUGUCUUAUCAUGGACGACCAAUUCGAUAUAGGGCUCCAUCGCGACUAUUGGAGUUACGAGACUCAGACCGGUGGUUUCGAACACGGAGAGUUCAGCUGGGCGACUGUCGACAAACAAAACAUCUUCGUUGAUAACGAGGGCUUACACAUUGUACCUACACUGACCACAGAAUCGACCGACAUUAAAGAAUCACAGCUGCUCAACGGCUUUUCGGUGAACCUCACAUCUGAAUACGGCGGCUGGGGCAGCUGUACGUCCUCGGAUGUGAAGAUGUGCUCGAUCAGAUCCAAUGCUACACUCGGUCGCAUCAUCCCGCCUGUUCGAUCCGCACGUAUUACUACAAAAGGCAAGAAGAGCAUCAAAUACGGCCGGGUCGAAGUGGUCGCCAAGAUGCCCAAGGGCGACUGGUUGUGGCCGGCCAUAUGGAUGAUGCCAGAAGACUCCGUCUACGGCGCUUGGCCCAGGUCGGGCGAGAUUGACAUCGCAGAAUUGCGCGGCAAUGAUCGUCACUACCCUCGCGGUCGCGAUCUUGUUACGUCGACCCUCCACUUUGGCCCUGAUCCGCAACAUGAUGGACACUUGCAAACAUACGAUACAUUCUUCUUCAACAAGAAAAGCACCGACUUCUCUGACAAAUUCUUCACCUACGGCUUUGAGUGGUACAAAGACUACAUGCACAUGUACGUCGACCACAAAAUCAUCUUCUCCAUCAGCUUUAAGAACAAGAAAACGUUCUGGGACCGGGGUAAGUUCAAGGGCAUGUCUUCCUUAAAUGGCACAAUGGCCGACGACCCCUGGCGAAAUGCCGAGAGUGGGAUCGCGCCCUUUGAUCAGAAAUUCCAUCUGAAUCUCAAAGUCGCGGUGGGAGCCCAGCAUGGGUACUUUUACGAUGGGAAGUUCAAUAAACCAUGGGCUGAUCACACCCCACUUGCUGCAAAGGAGUUCUGGAACGCGAGAGACCAGUGGCUGCCAACAUGGGGCAAUGGUACCGACCGCGGCAUGACUGUUAGAUCAGUCAAGAUGUGGCAGCAGUGUGAAUGA